CUUCGUGUGGUGUGGUGUUGUGGUGUACGUGCGUAGUGGUUUUUCCCAAAGAUAAUAAUAAUAAUAAUAUCAGUUAAAAAGAUAAUUAAAACCGUAAUUGUUAUUUUAUUAAUUGUUCGCGGAGUUUAAAUUUCGAAAAACAUGUUUGAGCAUUGCUCCUGAUGAUUGUGCCGUUGAAUGGAAAUGCUGUGCUGAUAUUGCCGAUACUGAAACACCCGUACGAAAUCGAAACUAUAGCAGCCGAGUGCGAGAUAAGUAGCUACAGAGUACAGCUGAUAUAAUCAAUAUGUGUCCGCUGUGGCCCUUCCACUACUUGUUAGUGUAUUUGAUUUUGUUCGCGUCGGUAUUGUACAUUGCGGUGGCCUCGCCCGCGGUAAAUUGCAAAUAUUGGAGCGUAACGUUCGAUCCGAGCCUUUUGUCUGCCGCCGAAAUAGAUCGAGUUACCAAAGUGAAUUUCAACCUGACUCUGGUGGAUUGCGGAUCGGCGAUCGGUGUGCGGCCCGUUUGCUCGCCUAUAUUAUCGUGUUGGCCGUCUACUAUUCGAAUACCAUCCGACAGCGAGCAGUCCGAGAUGGGCAACACCCGAUUCUUCUCUUCGUCUUUCAACGUGAGCCCGACCUUUAUGGGCUACGCGGAUGUGAAAGUUGACCUACUAUUGGACGCUUCUGCCAAAGAUGAAAACAACAACAACAACAAUAGCAGCUACUACGAUGAGACGACGACGACGACGUUGGAAUCUAUUGGUCGGAUGCCAAUCACCGCUGUCAGGAAAAGUCGAUUGAUAGAUCAUAUUUUCACAGCCAGCGUUGCCAUUCUAGUAUCGAUUAUAUUCGUAAAUUUUGGUUGCGCGUUGGAUUUGAACGUGGUCAAAGAGAAUUUCACGAGACCACUGGGACCGCUAAUUGGAAUGGUGUGUCAGUUUUUAUUUAUGCCGUUGAUCGGUUUCGCCAUAGGUAAACUUGUAUUCCCAGACUCGGUUCCCCUGCAGCUCGGCUUAUUCUUCACGGGAGUUAGUCCUAGCGGCGGAGCGUCCAAUAUUUGGAUCUGUAUGUUGGGAGGAAAUUUAAACUUGAGCAUUACCAUUACGUCUAUCAGCAAUUUAUUCGCAUUUUUUACCAUACCGCUGUGGACUUUCACGUUGGGCCGUGUUAUAUUCGACAAAGGAGCGAUGGUUGUGCCUUAUCGGCAAAUAGCGAUUUACGCGGUUUCGCUUUUACCGCCUCUCAUUAUCGGACUUGUUUUGCAAAGCAGAUGCCCGAAAUUCUCUCAGCUCAUGGUCAGAAUAUUGAAACCGUUUUCGUCUUGUCUCAUCCUGUUCAUCAUCAUUUUCGCUUCAGUUACCAAUUUUUACUUAUUCAAGCUGUUUACGUGGCAAAUUUUGUUAGCUGGUUUAUGUUUACCGUUAUUGGGCUACGUGCUAGCGUGGUGCGUAUCCGUAUACUUUGGACGUUGCUACGAAGAUUGCCUCGCUCUGUCAAUUGAAACCGGCGUUCAAAACACCGGCAUAGCCAUAUUUAUGUUGAGAUUCUCUUUAGGUCAGCCUGAGGCCGAUCUCACUACCGUUGUUCCUGUGGCCGUUGCGUUGAUGACGCCGUUACCCAUCAUGUUCCUGUACUUGAUUAGCAAAUUUGGCCGCCGUGACAAGAAAUGCGAUCAGACGAAAAAUGCGACCGACGCGACCGACACCGCUGCCGCCGUCCAGACCAAUUAUCCGGCCGAAGAUCGUGUGUCGGCUAUUUCGUUGAUAAACGACGCGCCUACCGAUUGAACCAAAGCUAUCUUCGCUCUUCUGUCUCUGUCGUCUGUCCACGUCGGCGUGUUUUUUACCUAUAAGUAUUAGACUAGCAACCCGCGUUCCUGACGACCUUUUUUUUUGUUGAUUUUUCUGUAUGGGUUGGGAGAGGGCGUAGGAACUGAUUUCAUGUAUCUAGAUAUCUACUUACGCGUAUCAUUUGUCUCCGAAUUUGUUUACAUUUUUUUUUACGAGCUAUUAAGUUGGUGAUGUUGUUUUUCGUUUUAAUAAAUAAAUGCUGCGAUAGUACGACGCGGCAGCGUAGCCAAGAGUCGACCAGAGUAAACACCACCGUCGCUACCACUUUUCGUGAUUAAAUUUUUCAUAUAAACGCGCGAAAAGAAGCGUUUUCACGAGUAGUGUGCGCGAGUCUUUGAAAUUUCUCAUUUGCCUGCGAAAAAAACUUGGUUUCAUUCGCAUCGCGUUUGGAUAAAUCUUGGCUGCGCUACCGCAUCGUACUAGUACUCGUAUGCUUCAAUACGAA